AUGAGUGUAUGAAGAAAUGCAAAAUAUACUGCUGAACCUUUUUCACCAGAACUUCCUGACAUAUCUUUCGACACCAUGCUGUUUUUUAAGCUAGGUAAGAAACCACACACUCCUAUACUUCUGCUUCUUUUAGUAUUUAGAUCCUACACCCUGUUACGCGAAAGCUCUAACCAUGCAGCACCUCAACUCAUCCAACAGCUCGCUCAUCGCUCCUGUCUCUACUGAGAACCUGAUUGGCAGUAUUGUGGGGGCAGUUUGCUUUACACUGGGAGUCCCUGGUAAUAUUGCUGUAAUGGUGCGUCUGUCUGGAUGGCUGAAGAGAGGCAGUUUCACCCCGAGACUGAUGCUAAGCCUGGCCAUAUCAGAUCUACUCACUCUGAUUUCUCUGCCCAUUUGGAUUUGGGCUCAUCUGCAUGGCUGGGUGUUUGGCUUGGUCUUGUGUAAGCUUCUCUCUUACAUCAUGUUGUUAAGCUUCUACUGCAGCAUACUGUGUGUGGUGUUGAUGAGCAUGCAGCGUUACAUCCAAGUGCUGCAUCCUGAGAAAUGGAAGAAGCUUGUCAGAAAUGGAGAGAAGAUCCUUUUGAGUGGGAUGUGGGUGUUAAGUGCAGUUUUAUCAUGCUAUGCUCUCAUACUAAGCGAUUUAAGCAUGGACAGAGGAAGACUUCUUCAGUGCACGCUAAGAUAUCAGAAUAAGGCUGAAAGAGUGCUUACGGUUAUCUGGCAUAUUAUAAUAUUUGUGGCUUCAUCUACCAUCGUAUCUUAUUUCUACUUUCACCUUCACAGAGGAGUUAAUAACUCAGUUUUCUUUAGCAGUAACUCAUUGACCAAGGUGGUGACGAGAAUUGUGGUGUGUUUUUUUAUUUUUUGGUUCUCGAAUCAAAUCUCCGACAUUGUUAUCAUCAUUGCAACAUUGACUGGGAAUGACAGUCUGUUAAGAUCUGCAGUAUCUGGAGACAAUGUUACUACAGCUCUGGUUUUUUUUAACAGUUGUGUUAACCCCUUCCUGUACGCUUUCUCUGCUCGGGCUCAUCAACAGGGAACAGCUGGAACAGAUGAUCCUUAGUUUCUUGAACAUAUAGAGGUUUGAGUGAGCUGAUGCAUGUCCAUUUGUGUGCUCCUAAAGCCUAAUGGCUUGAAACAAAAUGUAUGUCUUAAAUUAGAAAAUGAUAAAUGUUACUUAAUCCAAAAAUGUGUUCCUCAAUAU